AUGGCUUUCUUGAACAUUGAUGUCAAUAAUGCAAACUCUUCCACGGCGUGGUGGGCUUACCUGGCUACAACUAUCGUUCUUGGGAUCUCGAUUCUCUUCUUCCGAGAUGAACGGCCAUAUCCAGGAAUUCCCAUCCUGGGGAUGGAAAAGGGCUGGUUCGGAAUGAACAGCUAUUACAAGACAAAAAAGCUACAAACAUUGAAGCUAAGUCGCGAUACUGCUCAGUUCAAAGGAAAAUGCUACCAGGUCCUGAGCACGACCGGAUUCAAGAUUAUACUGCCACCGUCAUUCUUAGAUGAAGUCAAGAGCAAAAACGAACUAUCCUUCGUUGAUUUCAUCGAGCAUGACUUUUUUGCCAAGUUUCCAGGAUUUGGAGCCUUUGGCGCAGGAUCACAUGACAACAUCAUUCAGGAUACAAUCAAGGUAAAACUGUCAGGGUCUCUCGCCAAGGUCACAGACCCCCUUUCUGAGGAGAUGGGCAUCUUCUUGAAUAGUCGUCUUCCAGUCUCAACUACUCAAGAUUGGACUGAACAGAGUUUUCGUGACAUCUCCGUCGCCAGCGUUGCGCAAUUAUCUAGCCGGGUGUUUCUAGGCGAAAACCUCUGCAGGGACCCUCGAUGGCUGGGGCUUGCCAUCAAAUACACCACGGAUGUAGUUGCUGCCACACGUGCGAUGCGAAUGUGGCCUCGAUUCAGCCAUCCCAUCAUCCAUUGGUUCCUUCCUCAGACAAGGAAAGCCAGGCAGGAUUUGAAAGAGACACAUGAGCUGGUCGCACCGAUCCUUGAGCGACGGCGACAGGAUCAGCUGGAAUGUAGUAGAAACGGCCUCGAGUAUGAAAAACCGGUCGACGCACUCCAGUGGCUGGAGGAUAUGACCAAGGGUCGGGCGCUCGACAUUGUCAAUGGCCAGCUUCUGUUAUCAUUUGCAUCGAUCCAUACUACCUCUGGUCUGCUUCAAGGCGUCAUGUAUGAUCUCUGCGCAAAUCCAGAGUACAUUGACUUGCUGCGAGCAGAAGUCAUUGAGCAGCUGUCUGAUCACUCCGACGGAUGGAAGAAAACAUCACUGCACGCACUGAAGAUGAUGGACAGUGUCUUGAAGGAGAGCCAGAGGCUCAACACCGUUAGCUUGGCUCUUAUCCACCGCCGCGUUCGCGACACAAUCACCCUUUCCGACAAUACCGUCUUACCCAAGGGCUCAGCUGUUGCAACGCCGACUGCACAGCGCAUGUUGGAUCCCCUGAUCUGGCCAGACAGCAACAAGUUUGUCGGCCGUCGAUUCUACGACCUGCGAAUGCAAACCGGCAACGAGAACAAGGCCCAGUUCGUCUCGACGACUGUCGACCAUUUUGGUUUUGGAGUUGGCUCGCAUGCUUGCCCAGGUCGAUUCUUUGCUUCCAACGAGUCAAAGAUCAUCCUAGUACACCUCUUGAUGAAGUAUGACUGGAAGUUUAUUGAUGGUCGCGGUAGGCCGGAAAGGAUCUUCCUCGGCCACGAAUCAUUCUGGGAUCCCAAGGCAAAGGUCCUGGUCAAGAGCAGACAGUCUGAGAUACAGUUUCCAGGCGAGUAA